AUGACUAAUGAAGAUAUUAGGGCGGCUUUUUUAACUCUAGCUCAAGCCAUGACGGCUCAAGCUAACCGAGAUGUGGAGCCUAGGGUGAAUACUAAUGAGAAUACCGCGGCCUCAAGAUUGAGAGACAUCGUGAGGGUUAAUCCACCUACCUUUUUGGGCUCUAGAAUUGGACAAUAUCCCCGAAGAUUCUUGGACAAGAUUUACAAAAUUUUGGAUGCUAUGGGAGUAUCUUCUAGAGAGAAAGGGGAAUUGGCUUCAUACCAUUUCAAGGAGGUGGACCAAAUUUGGUUUGUUACUGGUGUAUCACACUUGGUGAAAGAAGGGUGUCGUACAGAAAGGCUCCAUGGUGACAUGAUUUUGUCUAGGCUUGUUGUGUAUUCUCAACCUAUUAAGGAGUCCAAGAUGACUAGGGUUAACCAUAAAGGAGGUGGUGCUUCUCAAAUUGCUAAGUCUACUUGGUCCACUUGUGGAAAGAAGCAUUUUGGGAACUGUCUAUCCGGCACUACUGGUUGCUGUGGUUGUGGAAAAAAUUAUCACAAGGUGAGAGAUUGUCCUAAUAUUGUGGCUAAAGGAAGGAAUGCUAGGCAAUCUCCUUAUAGUGGUCUUAGUGUUGCUGGUCAAGAAAGGAAUCGUUUCUAUGAUCUCCAAGCUAACAAGGAAGCAAAUCUGGAUGAAGGUUUCGGUAAGUCAUAA